AUCCUAAGUUUUUUAUAUUGCACGCAGUACCCUAGAAAUUAUUUGUUUGUGUGUUUAUAAAAUAUUUUGAGUUUAGUUUUGAACAAUCUUAAAUUACUUUAUUAUGUAGCAGGUCUUUGUUGUCUUUGUGAAACUAGCAGAAUACCUUUUUGUUGAAAAGUCUUUAUAUCGAAACAAUUUUUUUUUCAAUCCAUUUAUACAUUAAAAAUGGUUGAAACAGCUUUAUUUAAUUUGGAAAACGAGUUGUUAAACGCAAGAAGUUAUUUAAUAAAACCAUCAAGUGAUGGAACUGUUAUACAUCAGCAGCUUUGUGCACUACUGGAAAGAAUUUUAUCUGAAAGGCCUGAUAAUGCUGCUGAUCUGGUUGAAAGUUACAUGAGAGAUGAGAGAUUAUCUGUUGGUAAAACAAAUAUGUUAACUGAUUUAUCUAAGCAAAUUGAGUAUGCUGCUUUAAAACUAAAGCUGUUUGAAAAAAAAGAAGAUGAAAGUGUUGAAAAUGAGGAAGAAUUUUUCGAAGUUUCUUUACCAAAUUGUUCGCAAUUGGCAUUUUACUUUGAGCAAGGUUCAAUUGGCAUUGGGAAAGAAGAAAUAUAUCAUAUAUUUUUAUCUUUAAAGGAGCUUAUUUCUAAUGUUCCCCUUGCAAGCGUUCGAUUUUGGGGUAAAAUAUUUGGUACCCAAGCUAAUUACUAUAUUGCUGAAGGUGAAUUCAAAGAAGGUGAAGGGGAAGAUGAGAAAGAAGUUGAUGAUAGUGUUGAAACUGAAGAAAAAGAAGAUGAUACAGGGGAUGGGCCAAGAGAGAAAAGUACACUAAAAAAAAAAUGGAAACCAAAGCCACCAAUUCCAAGAGAAGCACAUAGAGUUGGUUCAAAUAAAAAAGUUUAUUUUGUAUGCAAUGAACCUGGCGAACCAUGGAUCAAAUUACCCCAUGUUUCUCCAGCAGAAAUUGUUGCUGCGCGAAAAAUUAUUAAAUUUUUUACAGGUCGAUUAGAUACUCAAAUAAAAUCGUAUCCACCAUUUCCAGGUAAUGAAUCUCAGUUACUUCGUGCACAAAUUUCUCGAAUAUCUGCCUGCACUCAAAUUAGUCCUGCUGGUUUCUACAUAUUUGAUGAUAAUGAUGAUGAAGAGGAGGAAGAUCUUGAAGAAGCUCACAAGUCUUAUAUGGUCAACGAUGAGUUUGAGGGUCUUUCUAUAAAUGAACUAACAGACCCAUCAAUGACAAGUUGGGUGCACCAUGCUCAUUACCUCUUGCCGCAAGGUAGAUGUUCUUGGUUUAAUCCUUACGAAAAAGAAGACGAAGACACAGAUGAAGAGGAAAGCGAAGAUGAGGCAAAUAAAGAAUCCAUAAAGCCUGAAACUGGUCCAACAAUAUUGUCAAGUGUUGCAGAUGAUUCUAAUGUUGGAGUACAUAGAGCUUGGAGUGUUCGUAUAUCAUCAAAAGUUUUACCAGACUAUGCUGUAGCAGUUGCACAUUCUAAUUUAUGGCCUGGUGCAGUCUCUAUAGCUAAGGGAAAAUUUUUUGAAAACCUAUAUAUUGGUUGGGGUCAAAAGUAUUUGCCUUCAUACUAUAAUCCACCCGCUCCACCAGAAGUCCAGCAAGAAUUUCCUACUGGUCCAGAAAUAAACGAGCAAGAGGAUCCAACGGCUGAAGAAGAAAGAGCUUUAAAAGCCAAAGAAGAAGUAGAAGCUGGUGAAGAAGUAGAAAACGAAGAAGAAGAAAAUAAUGAUGAAUGAAUAAAAGAAUAUAUAAUAUAUUAAUUUAUGUGUAUUUUAGUUUUAUUUACAAUAAAUAAUUUAAAGAACUUUUUUUUUAUAUAUUGUUGUGCAUUAAUAUAUAUAUAAUAUUUUACAAAUAUUAUAGUGUGUUAAAAUAAAAAAUAAUAUUUUAUAAAUGUUAUUUGUGUAAUAAUAAAAAUGUCCAACUA